UAGUCUAGUGUAUCAGCUCAUUUCAAAUAACCUCAAGCUUCAUAUAAUUUUCUAUUCCCCAAAUCUCCUCCUUAGACUUCCAACCCAAUAUAGCCACUGGAUCGAAUUCAGUUUGGAUUCGGUCUGAUGGUUUGGGAGUUCUGAUAAGUCUAAGGAACAGAAUUCUGUACAUAUAUAUUUAGAAGACCAGGUGCUUGAUCAUUGUAUCAGGAUGGACAAGGUGAAGAGGUUGACCUCUGAAAAUGGUGUGGUGAUUUUCACGAAGAGCUCUUGUUGCCUCUGCUAUGCAGUCAACAUUCUGUUUCAAGAACUCAGGGCGAAUCCUCUGGUUUAUGAGAUUGAUCAUGACCCUGAAGGCAGAGAAAUAGAGAAAGCUUUGUUAAAGCUAGGCUGCAAUGCUCCAGUCCCAGCUGUGUUCAUCGCAGGGAAGCUAAUUGGAUCCACUAAUGAAAUCAUGUCCCUCCACCUAAGAGGUUCACUCACUCCAAUGCUGAAAGGCCAGCCUUUGUCUUGAAAAGAAUCACAAAACACAGUUCCUGAUACCUGCUGGAAGAAUAAGCUGGCUUGAAUCAUUAGAGUAGUGAGCAUAGUAUUGAUGAUAUUCUAGUGUUUUAUGUCUCAAGUGGUUCCUAGCAUUUGAUUAACCAUAAAGUAAUCACAUAAAUAUUCUUAAUGAAGUUUGAUUUAUAUA